AUGGAGGGACAUUCGGCUCCACCUGCUGCAGACGCUGCGGGUGCAGGCACAACGACCGAUGCUGCUCCUCCAGUCCAGGCGAAUGUUCAUGCGCAAGCUGCCCAUCAUAACCAACCUGUCAGUCAUGAGGAAAAGGGACCUAUUGGACGCGUCACACCUCGACCAACCUUUCUCGAAAACCUUGCCGACUCUCGCGAGAGUCAAUUCAGGUUCCACCGUCGCAAAAACGAUGACUUUGACAGCUACUUUCACGGUCCCCGAGACCUUGAUAAGCAUUCGAAAUGGCCGGUCUUUCUUCGAAUGCAUGGCAGUGUCUUGCCCAAACUGAUUCUUCCUCUGCUCUUUGUCGCGGCGUGGUCGACUUUGAUCACACUCUUCUCACAUUACGUACAUCCCCUUGGCAUUAACAAUAUUCUCCUCACGGUUCUCGGUUUCGUCGUCGGUUUGGCUCUUUCAUUCCGAAGCUCUACAGCUUACGAGAGGUGGGCAGAUGGACGAAAGUACUGGGCGCUCUUGGUUCAAACUUCUCGCAACCUUGCUCGCACAAUUUGGGUCAACACGGCGGAAAGAGAAGGUGAAUUUGAAAAGGAUGAUCUUCUAGGCAAACUAACGGCCAUGAACCUCAUCCUCGCGUUUGCCGUCGCCCUAAAGCACAAACUGCGGUUCGAGCCAGAUAUCGGCUACGAAGACCUGGCGGGUCUCGUUGGACACCUGGACACCUUUGCCAAGGACGCCCACGACCGUGCACGCCUUCAGCCGCCCAAGAAGAGUUCGUGGAAGGCGAUGGGUGAAUAUCUCGGCGUCUCCUUCGCCGAGUCGAAUCCCAGGAAGCUCGUCAAGCGCUCAAAGAAGCCUCUGGGACAUCUGCCUCUGGAGAUUCUCAAUCACUUGUCUGCAUAUGUUGACCGCUGCAUUGCGAAUGGCACCAUGUCCGUCAGUCUUCACCAGAGUCAAGCCAUUGCUGCUCUGUGUUCCUUGAAUGAAGUCCUCACUGGAACCGAACGUGUGCUGGAUACACCACUGCCGGUGGCCUACAGUAUUUCCAUUGCUCAAAUUGCCUGGAUCUAUGUCCUGGUGCUUCCAUUCCAGCUCUACCCCGCCCUGCAUUGGAUCACUAUUCCCGGCUCUAUCGUCGCGGCAUACAUCAUCCUCGGACUCGCCACGAUUGGCAGCGAAAUCGAGAACCCUUUUGGCCAUGACGUUAACGAUCUCCCCUUGGACACAUACUGCAGGCAGAUCGCCGUCGAGCUCGACAUCAUCACCGCGAUGCCGCCCCCCAAGGUGGACGACUUCACCUCCCGUGACGAAAACCUCGUUCUCUUCCCUCUCAGCACCUCUGGAUACCCCGACUGGAGGGACCGCAGCGUCGAGGAUAUCCGCGCCGCGCUGCGGGCAAAGGUCGUCGCCAACACCCCGUCCUCGGGUGGGUCGGACUCGUCCACCAUCUUAGGGGACGGAAGCCUACGGUCACGGACCGAUACGAGCGUGGCCAAGGCAUCCGUCUGA